UUUUGGUAAUGAAAUAAUACUAUGAUGUAUUUAUAGGUCAAACAUAGAAUUUCAUUCCGGGAUGAAAGGAAUAAAUGAGACUAUGAUAGUAAUCACUCUUGUGUUAACAAUUAAUUUUUUGAAUAAUGACAAUAUUGAAAUUAAUUAGCAAAAUCAAACAUGAAUUAAAAACGUGUGUGCAUCCUCUCUGUUCUCAAUUUCUAAUACUGAUAUGAUUCCGAUCAGAGCAGUAUGAAUAUUUUAGAAAGUGUACGAACAGAAAAAAGUCAAUACAAUCAAACCACACGAAAUCAAAGCACUAAUCCAAAAAUUCCGAAAACUAAAAGCAAAGGGUACAGAUUUGCAGUGCUCUUCCAGCUCGCGGAGGAGCUGCCGGUGGCAUUCCCUGGGCUCUGCACCGGCGUGACAGGCGGCGCGUUUUGUCCGACACUUCCGGAAUCACCGGCGGGAGCAGGGGAAGGUGAAACCCCCGGAGCGACGCUCUUCCCGCCAGUCAACUGCAAUGUGGUUAUAGCCCCCAUAUUAUCCGAUCCCAUUGGAUGCCUCGCUGGAGCAUCGCCGGCAGCCAACGGGCCCACCUGCCACAGGGUGUUUAACUGCGACAGCGCCGGCAGUUUACUUACCGUGGCGGAAAUCCACACGGCGUCGUCGGAUCCCGCCACCGCUGAGGCGUUCCGAACGGUCCACGGCAGAGGCUGCUCGGUUAUGCCGCCUCCGGAAUUGAAGGUGAGAUUGUACUGUUUCACGGUGAGAUUUCCCGAUUUCGGAUUUAUAGCGACGAAGGCAAACGCGCCGUUCAUGCCGGUUCCCUUGCCGGCGUUGAUGCCAAAGGCGGACCAUUGCCCUUUCGUGGUAUUUACGCCGAAGGUGAAGGAGAGGGUGGAGUUGGCCGCGGUGUAGUUCCAGUGGAGGAUGGCGCCGAGGGUGGGGAGGACCGUACAGUUAGCGUACACAUUUGUGAUCUUCGAGGUGCAAGUUAGAGAGAGGGCGGGUGAAAUCAGGAGAGCUCCGAUGAGGAGGAGGAGAUAAGACGGGGACAUUGUGGGCGGCCGUCUACGGUGGCUGAGAAUCGCCCGCCGGUUAUGGUGGUCCUGAUUGGGCAAUUUGGAGAAUGGAGGAAUGGUGGUUGCUCUGUCCGAGAAAGGGUGGGUAUUUAUUUAUAGAGAAAACGGACGGAUGAGAUUUUGGAAGGUAGGGUUAGUUUAG